AUGCCGUGGACAGAGACGCGGCACCGAAAUGGUCAUACGCUUGGUAGGCCUGGCGAUGAGGACAAAAGCAAGCCUAAUUUGCGAUGGCGUAUGACAGAGGAGGAUGUGUGGGAGGACGAAGAUACGGAUGCGUCUUCCGAUAUGGCCUCGGCGGAGGGGCACAUUAGCACGGCCUUACCAAGUCCUGUCACCUCCGAGUUUCUCAAGCGCUCGCCCAAGACUGAUACAGCGGGCAUGGCAUCGUCGACAGAGCAUGUGAUUAAGCCACUGGCACGACGACCGUCCAGCAGUGCAACUGCCGUAUCCCUCGCGGACGAUGGGAGCGCAAACGAGGACGAGCGAAGUGACGCCUACACGUCCCAAGACCGCACACGUCGGCGUUCUUCACACGUUCCUACUACUAAAAUGGAACGAUCGACUGAUACUGAGAAGAAGACAGCGUCCACCGAGGCAUCACAACCGGUAUGGACCAAGCUCCAUCAUGCAUACUAUGCCCUCACAGUGGUAUUUGGCAUGUCGGCCCCGCCAGAUUUCGCUCAUGCUGAUUUGUCGUCGCAAUCGCGGCCAGCGCGACCAGUACGACGUAUGGCCAUGAUGUCGUUAUGGGAUCAAUUGCUUGAUGAAGUGCUGACGAACAGCUGCGAAAGCGCCCAGGAAAUGAAAUGGGAACGUGUGUCCAACUUUAUGGCUGUGCCUGUAUGGGUCGAAAAACUGAUCUGGCUCGGUCAAUUCAUCUGUCUGAACUCAUUUCUACAUACCAUUACUAUCUUGCCGUUACGUUUCCUUGUGGCAUGGACGCGGUGGGCCUACAAUACCUAUGUCUGGCUGGCCGCCGGCAAGAAACGGUACUUGAAUGUAUCCAACAAAUGUGACAUUUUAAAGGGCUUGCUUGUAAUCCAGACAUGCUACCUACUAGCCCAUGUGGCAGAUGCCAGUAAGAUGUACCACAGUGUGCGAGGACAGGAUGUGGUCAAACUCUCGGUGAUUUUCAGUGUCCUGGAAAUCAGCGAUCGUUUAUGUGCAUCGUUCGGUCAAGAUGCACUGGAUUCCUUGUUCUCUCGUCGCACACUAGCACGACGCAGUGAUGGUUCGCAGCGAUAUUUGCGUAUGUUUGGCUACUACUUGCUAUGCCUCGCCUACAUUGUCUUCCAUACAUUUGUGCUGCUUUAUCAACUUGUCACACUCAAUGUGGCCAUCAACAGCUAUGACAAUGCGCUAUUGACCCUACUUCUGUCAAACCAGUUUGUCGAGAUCAAGACCACGGUAUUUAAGCGGUUUGAAAAGGAAAAUCUGUUCCAAUUGACCUGUGCGGAUGUCGUGGAGCGGUUCCAACUGUCCAUCAUCUUGGCGGCCAUUGGCCUACGAAACUUGAUCGAAGUCUCUGGUGCCAAUGCCAUCGGAGGCGCUAGUGCCAUGGGACCCUUGCCAACGAGUUUCGACGUAUACCCCUAUGUGAACGUGUUUUUCCGGACCCUCAAUCCUGUCUUUACAGUUCUCAUCAGCGAGAUGCUCGUGGACUGGCUCAAGCAUGCCUUUAUCACCAAGUCGAACCACAUCCGGCCUGCUAUUUAUGGGCGAUACAUGGAUGUGUUAUGCAGAGAUGUUCUGCCGCCCAAAACGUCCGUCGCUAUGGAUGGAUAUACCCAGCGCCAAGCUUCAUUUGUGGAUCAAAGUCCUUUGGCUACGCGCAGAUUGGGACUGGCGGUCCUGCCGCUUGUGUGUGUAUCCAUUCGAAUUGCCUUCCAAAUUAUCGAUAUGCUCUGGAUGACAAAGGAAGAUAUGGAUCUCGACACAGUCGAUCGGUGGUGGGACUUUGUCACACUCGGUGUGAUGAUGGGCCUUGUCAUGCUGAUUGGCUGGGUCGCUCUUGUGGUCCUGAAGAUUUUGCUGGGUGUGCAUCUUGUUAAUUAUGCAACCAAGCGCUAUGCUCAGCGGCAUGAACGUGAGUUGGAAGACCAGCGAAAUGCGAAGGGUCGUCCGCCCAUUGGCGAGACACCCGCAGAGACAGCGCAGCAGGCUCAGAUGAUGGACAUGGUCGACAAACGCGACGACAAUGCAUCGACAGUGGGACUCUAUGGACAGCAGUCGUUCCCAGGCCGGCCUGGUAAAAAGGAACUCUCAUUACUGGAUGUACAGCGGUAUUCCCUGGUAGGGUCACGACUAUGGUAG